CUCGUAGCGUCACCAGCUUUUUUUUCCUCCUCCUGGCUCCAAUGUUGUGAAACGGCUUUGUUUUCGGUAAAGCAAAGCAAAAGCACUUUGUGUGUGUGUGUGUGGGUGUGUGUGUGGUCUGAUCCUACUGGUCAGUCUAAGGUACUUUUAUUGUUGUUUCAAAGAAGUGAGCCAAGUUCAGAGCGUCUCGGAUCCUUUAUUGUCUCACCUGUUGAAGCAGGUGAACUCGGACCAGUUUGGAUUUGCUACUAUGACUUUGGAUACGGAUUUAAUGGACGACCUGGUGAUCGACGUGGUGGGAGAAGGGAGCAAGGAUUCAGCAGAAGAGAGCUGCUCCACCUCACCUCCAGUCGUGUCUGAGGCUGAAUUCAACUCGGCGUCUCUUUCUGCCAGACAUUAUGAAGGCGAAGGAAAAGACAUCGCGUCUUCCAGAUGCCUUCCAGCUCCGAGCAAAGGAGCCUCGGUGAAGCCGCCGUAUUCCUACAUCGCCCUCAUCACCAUGGCCAUCCUGCAGAGCCCCAAGAAGCGGCUCACUCUCAGCGAGAUCUGCGACUUCAUCAGCCACCGCUUCGCCUACUAUCGCGAGAAAUUCCCUGCGUGGCAGAACUCCAUCCGCCACAACCUGUCGCUCAAUGACUGCUUCGUGAAGAUGCCGCGGGAGCCGGGUAACCCGGGCAAGGGCAACUACUGGACCCUCGACCCCAACUCGGCGGACAUGUUUGAGAAUGGCAGCUUCCUGCGGCGGAGGAAGCGUUUCAAGCGGCAGCACUUCCGAUUCGGUGUGUUAAAGGAUCACAUGUUAGAACCUACAACCUUCCCGACCCUGUCCUACAGCGCUUAUGGGCUCGGAGCGUCCUGUGUGCCUUUACCAAGCAUGGACGUCUAUCCGUUUGGAUUCCGCCAUGCCAGUCAGGCGUCCUGUGUGCCAGGCGCGCCACCUGGCACCGUCCUUCCAGCGCUCUCCACCUUCUUUUCGCGGAGUUCACUACAUACUAAAGCUUUCCCUCCGAGCCAGGCGCUCACUGUGGAGUCAUUAAGCUCAGCUCCGCUUCCCUCCAGCUCCCCAUAUGCGCCCUCCGCUCUCCUCCAUCCCAUCGCCUUUCCCCCGUUUCUCAGCCUGCAGUAUGAGUAUCAGAAAUUGCAAAGCCUGACAGGCAGCUCGGAGGCGCCCAAUAAACACGCGUACCAGGGCAGUGUUGUUGAUUAGCACCAGUGCGGCUUGUUUGUUUGUUUGUUUGUUUGUUUGUUUGUUUGUUUGUUUGUUUGUUUGUUUGUUUGUUUGUUUUCCCCCCUCCUCAGGAAAUAAUAUUUUUGGCAUGUUGAUGCUUUCAGAGUGAAAGGAUCUCUGAUGGCAUUGAAUGGACACUGAACUUUCGACAUUUAUUCCCCACUGAGUUUUACUGGGAUUUGUUGUUGUUGUUGAAGAAGAAGAAAGACUCAUUUGUGCUUCAAAUAUUUUCUUAUAUUAAUUUCAUACUACAAAACUGCAUUGAGUGAUUUGAAAAAUAUUUAACUGACGAAUUUCCUUUUGAU